AUGGAUAAAGACGACAUAAUUAGUCUUAAUACAUCUUCUAAUCCAACACAUUCAUCCAAUGAACAACGUAUUAGCCAAGACGAAGAAAAACAUGACGAAGAAAUAAAUAAUUUGUCUGAACUCUCAUUAACAGAACAUGAUUCAUUUUUUACAAUUCUUAAACGUCUUUGUUUUUAUUGGCGUCGAAUUGUAGCACAUAAAAUUCGUAUUCUAUUUGCACUUAUAUUUAUGUCUAUGCUCAAUAUUACAGGACGAAUAACAUGUUUUACACGGCAACGAACAUCUCAAUCUUCAACUUCACUUACUACAGCUGUAUCUUCGUCGUCAAUUCAAUCACUUGAAGAAGAUUUAAACGAUUCAACAAAAUCUCCUUUACUUAUUGAUAAAACACAUCAACAACAAAUUAAUUGGCCAUCAUUACAUAAUUCUAAGAUGGCUCAUGUACUUAUUCAACAACAAACACAUCGUACACCAAAUAUGAAUAUAAAUAGACCAACAACAUCAGAAAAAAAUGCGUCACUACUGAUGAGACAUUCUGUAGAUGACAGAUUAUUUUUUCAUGAUUCAUCACAAUUAAUAAAUUUACUAAAACGUUUUGCAUCUGAACCACAAAUAUCACAAAAUCAUAUACAAUCAACAAAUACAAAUGGACAAUAUAAUAAAACAUUUAGAGAUUUUACUUUAUCAUUACCUAUAUCAAAUCCAUGUGUAAAAUUAAAUGAACCAGAAAAAGAUGAAAUUGAUUUUGAUGAUAUUCUUAUAUUCAACUGUGAUAAAAUUCAACCGGUGUCUACCUCUACAACAGAAAAUUUAACCAGUGAUAAAACAGACAAUAUAAGUUCUUCUACGACUAUUAAUCAUUCAUUGGAACAUAUAAUAACAAUAAAUGAUAAUUUAGAUAAUCUACAAUUAAAUGAUGAUUUAAAAAGUUCACAAAUUAAUGAUAAUUUAAUUAGCACACAAAAAAUUGAUGGUUUAAUAAAUCCACAGUUACAUGAAGAUAUUCUACUUGAAAUAAAUUCAUCUGUAAAUGAUAAUGACACGCAUGGUGAACGUCAUUUUCGACGACGAAAAAGACGUUCGUCAUUAACAAGAACUUCAAUAUCACUUGAUGAUACACAAUCAACGACUGAUUUACUUGCAAAGGUUGAUAUUAAUAAUUCAUCAAAACAAGAUAAUAAUGAAAAUUUAAAAUUAAAAGAAAAUGAAGAUAAACAAAAUACGAAUACUACUGAAAUAAAAAUUCCAGAAAGUCAAGAAUCUAAUCAAACGACUGAUGAUUCUGAAACAUCCGCUCCAGUUAGUCGAUAUCGUGGAAGGCGACUAAGACAUCGAUUUUAUCGUCGUGGAGCAUCAUCAUUACAAGAAGUUACCUCCAAUAUUUCGUCUGACCUUUAUUUAUCUAAUAAAACAUUUAAUAUUGAAACACCUACAAUUCCUCCAUUAGAUUUAUCAUCAUCAGAAAUUAAAUCACCACAUUCAUUAACUAAGACAUUCAUUUCAAAUGUAUCAAAUGGUGGUCUUAAACGUGUGAAUUCAAUUGGAUCAACAAAAAAAAAUGUUCGUUUUGCUGAUUCUAUUGGUCGUGAAUUAGAACAAGUGCAAUAUAUACAAUCAGCAAUAAAUGAUGAUUCAAAAGAAUUAUCAUUUUUUUUAAGUUCAUCAUUUUUAUCAUCAUCACCUCCAUCAUUUACAAAAAAUAAUCUCUAUUUACCAAAUACAUCAUUUCUAGAACAUAAACCAUGGUCAUUUGAUGUUAUGUUUAAAUCUAAUAAACAAAUUAAUGAUAAAUCAUAUUUAAAAAGAUUUUUUUGUUUAUAUCGUCAACCAAAUUCCGAACAUCCAGAUAUAUAUUUACGUGAAAUAUGGAAAUCUCAAAUUAAAUUAGAACAUGCCGAUAUACCAUUAAAAUAUUCUUUAACCGGUGAACAACAACUUAUUGGAACAUUAUGGGUUACAAAUAUUGGUUUUUCAAAAUAUGUUUCUAUUAAAUAUACAUUUGAUAAUUGGUUAAAUACAUAUGAAUUUGAAGCUCAACAUUGUCGUCAUUCAAAUGAUUUUCGUAAUAUUGAUCAAUUUCAAUUUAUAGUUAAUAUACCAAAAAACAUUGAUCGAAUUGAUUUUAUUUUACGUUAUUGUGUUAAUGGAGGAGAACAUUGGGAUAAUAAUGAAGGAAAAAAUUAUACAUUACAAACUGACUCAACUUAUACGACUUCAACAACGAUUUCAUUACCACAUGAUUGUGAUUUUAAUGAAAUGAGAUUUUAUUAA